UGACCUUUUUCGCGUUCGCGUAGUAAAACUCGUCUCGCGCCAGAGGAAAUCUUAUAAUUUUCUGUUGCUUUUCCCAUUGUCACUGGUGCUCUCGCUUCCCGUUAAGCGAUAAAUACAUUUCCACACUCGCGUCAGUCGUGCUUCGGUCGCAUAUUACAUUCGUGCACGCCAUUGCAAGUCCAAUUGGUAAAUGAUCUAAUUGAAAGUUUUUAAAGCCUCGGAACAGGAUGACAAGUCGAAUACGGAAUACGGGUAAACUGGAGACGAUCAUUGAGAAUUGCCGGAGCGAAGGGAAGUGGCCGCGAGUCAUUGAAUUGGCGGAGGAGCUGAAGCAGGGAUCACCAAAUUAUGAAUGUCUGGCGAAUUUCCUUAUUGGCGAAGGCCGAUUGGAAAGUUUCUUAGAGGAUAAUCCACCGGUUGAAGCCAACACUAAUAAACUGAAAAAUGGACUACAAGAUGCCAAAAGAUACUUAAAACUGGUAAUCGGAGAAGAUGGACGGAAAGCUGGGAUAGCACUUGAUGCAUUUCUACUGCUUGCAAAACUAGACUAUGCCUGUGGCAAUUACGAUGAGAGUUUAGAUAAUUUCAUUAAAGCUGAAUUGAAUACGCUAUCGGAAAAAGAGUUAACACUACGUAGCCUUCGCAUUUUAGCCGAAUCAUAUGCAAUAAAAGGUUUAUGCUUAGAGCAGCAAGGCAUCAAGGCACCAUCCAAGUUCAAAAAGGCUGAAAAGGAAGCGGAAAUGAUAUCAUGCUUCGAAAAAGCAACAGAUCUUGGACUCCUGUAUCUGCAGGAGCAGGAUAUAGUGACACCGUCAAAUGUAGAGACUCGUCGAAUGGGUGCAAUAUUAGAGACAGCUCUGCAGCGUGCUCCAAUUGUCCUAAUCAAAGCGGGUAGACUACAAGAAGCCAUCGAACGUUAUCGAACAAUGCUCAAUGCAGUGGAAACCAGAACAACGCAAUCUCUACGACUGACACUCGCUCGACAAUUAGCGGAGGUUUUGUUGCGGGGAGUCUCAGGAACUAUGUAUACUCCGCCGCUUAACCUUUCCUCAACGAAAACCGGUCCAAAUACAAAGAAAUUGUGGAAGCCAAGAAAGUAUUCAGGGAGAAAUCAGUUCACACCUCGCAACCAUCAUGAGGAGAUAAUUCUGCUGCUUUUGAUAUCGGAGUCACUGGCAGUGCGAGACGCUGUUUUAUCACAGAGUCCUGAGUUUCGUGUUGCUAGAUCCCAUGCUCUUGGCAAUGCAACGGCUGUUUAUGAUCUUCUAGCUUUAUCCACUAUCCGAUGGGGCUUGUCCAAUCUUCUGAAUGAGUCCUUCGAGAAAGCUUUGAAAUUUACAUUCGGUGAACAGCAUGUGUGGCGACAAUAUGCGUUGAAUCUUACAUUUUUGGGGCACCAUAAGCAUGCCUUGCGUGCUUUGGAAGAGUAUUCUGAUUUGGCGCCUCAUGACCCGUUACCGUUGCUUCUGUCUGCUCGAAUAUGCUAUGAAAAUCUAGGCAACAUAUCCGAGGGCUUGGAAUAUUCACUGCAAGCAUUAAGUAAAGAAAUUAGAGGGUUGCGCCCGUCAAGGGCUCAGCUGUAUGUAGGCGUAGGAUAUCAACAACUUGCCGUGACAGCUGCUCUGAAGUCGGAGAAAGAGAAAUACACUAAACUAGCUAUCGAUGCGUUGGAAAAGGCUGUGCAAUACGACACGAACGAUCAUCUAGCAGAGUAUUAUUUAGCUUUACACCAUGCAAUUAACUAUAAUAUUUCGGAGGCGAUAGUCCAUAUUCGUUUUGCAUUAUCAUUACGAGCAGAACACGCUUCUAGUUUGCAUUUAUUCUCCUUGCUGUUGACUGCAAAUCGAAGACCCCGCGAAGCACUCUGUAUUGCAGAGAAUGCCCUGGACGAAUUUCCGGAUAAUCUAAAUCUAUUACAUGUUCGUGCCCAUUUACAAUUGCACCUCCAUGAUAUCGACACUGCGCUUCAAACAGUACAAAAAAUGCUAUCAAUUUGGCGCGACCAAUACGAAUCACAGACGAUGGUUAAUGAAAACGAUAACGAACGUCACUCAGACACGAAGAGUAUAUUGCAGCUGCAUUCCUCGCAAUUAUCGGAUAAAGAUUCGAAUUCUGUUUAUGCCGCCUCGUUGGCUGCUGCAUCUCGGGUGGAGCAAGCGUUGAGUGAGGUGGCGAGUUCUUUGAGCUCGUUCAGUCCAAAGCCGGGUCCACAACGAGCGUGGAUGAUUCAGUUGAAGAUAUGGUUGCUGCUAGCAGAUGUUUACCUGGCCAUAGACCAGCCCAAUGAAGCGUUGAAUUGUAUUCAAGAAGCCGCACAGAUAUAUCCACUGCAUCAUCAAGUCAUGUAUAUGCGAGGACAGAUCUACGUCUACCUAUCCCAGUGGUACGAUGCCAAGCAGUGUUUUCUCAACGCGGUAUCCGCGAACCCCUGCCAUAUUGAAGCUUUAACAGCGCUCGGCGAAACGCAUCAUGUUCUCGGAGAGCCAAGAUUAGCUGAGAAAAUGUUAAAAGACGCUGCCAAAUUGGAUCCUAACUAUCCAAAAAUAUGGUUCACACUAGGCAAAGUCAUGGAAACAUUGGGCGACUACACUGCAGCUGCUGACUGCAUGGCCACCGCGCUACAGUUGGAACCUUGUUGUCCGGUGCUACCGUUCUCAUCUAUCGCUCUAACCUUUGACUGAGUUAUCAAUUUAUAUUUUUAAUAAUUUUUCUUAUACAGAUUUGAUCUGAUUUUGAUUUUUUUUUUGAUUUAGAUUUUCAUAGUUUUAUCUCGAUGGUGACUUUUUUGUUAUGAUCUCUUUUUUUUAAGGUUACAGGAAAAUGUAAGCCACCUUUCUUGUUUUUUUUUUCUGAUUUAAUCAAAUAUAAGCGAAUGAAUAACUGAUGGAAUAAUUGUAUUUGAUGUAAAGGUUCAGGAGCCAUUUCAAGACGAAA